AUGGCAGGAGGAAAACCUACAGGUGUACUUGUUCUUCACAUUGCUUGCCUCCUUUGUGGCACUACCCUUUGUUUGCCUGCAGCAAAAGUAUUAGACUAUGAUGUGGACGGUGGACGGGACCUUGACAUUUUUGACAUCAAUGAAGAGGCAGGGCUGAAUCUUGUAGAGGGGGACAUUGUGCUUGAUGAGAGGCAAACUCGAAAUUCCAUAAUAGGGGAUGAGUACAGGUGGCCAAAAAUGAUCCCUUACUACAUGGAAGACGACUUAGAGAUCAAUGCAAAAGGUGUGAUUCUGAAAGCUUUUGAGCAGUACCGGCUCAAGACCUGCAUUGACUUCAAGCCUUGGAGUGGAGAAGAAAACUACAUUUCCAUUUUUAAAGGGGGCGGCUGUUUCUCCUCUGUGGGAAACCGUCGAGUUGGGAAGCAGAGAUUGUCCAUAGGGACAAACUGUGACCGCAUCGCCACCAUUGAACAUGAGUUCCUUCAUGCUCUGGGUUUCUGGCAUGAGCAGUCCAGGGCAGACCGUGAUGAUUAUGUCAAAAUCAUGUGGGACCGCAUCUCAGAGGGUAGAGAACACAACUUUAACACCUACAAUGACACCACCUCCAGCUCACUGGGCGUACCGUAUGACUACGGCUCCAUGAUGCACUACAGUAAAAACGCCUUUCGCAACGGCACUGAGCCCACCAUCGUCACCAAGAUCCCUGCUUUCAGUGAUGUCAUAGGCCAGCGUAUGGAGUUCAGUGACAGUGACCUGCUCAAGCUGCACCGGCUCUAUAACUGCACCCAGGGAUCCACCUUCCUGGACUCAUGUGACUUUGAACGUGAGAACAUCUGUGGAAUGGUCCAGGGACAAGGGGACAUAGCAGACUGGGUCAGGGUUGCCAAUGCUCCUGGUGGACCUGACAUUGACUAUUCCAACAUGGGCAAAUGCACUGGUUCUGGAUAUUUCAUGCACUUCAGCACUGGCACAGCCAACACUGGGGAUACAGCUCUGCUUGAAAGUAGGCUCCUUUACCCCACAAGAGGUUACCAAUGUCUGCAGUUCUUCUACUACAACAGCGCCGGCCCCAGCGACACACUGAAGAUCUAUGUCCGAGAGUAUGACGAAGCUAACCCCAAUGGAAAACUGCGGUUUAUAAAGACCAUAGAUGGGUCCCCUCAGGAGCUGUGGCAGCUGCACCACGUGAGUCUAGACGUCAAAACAAAAUUCCGCGUAGUCUUUCAAGGGACCAAGGAGGGCUCUGGGCCCUCGACAGGAGGACUGUCACUGGAUGACAUCAACCUUUCCGAGACCACCUGCCCAGAGUUUAUAUGGCGUGUGAAGAACUUCAGUCAUGUUAUGGAAAACACCCCAACAAACACAGCUAUCUUCAGCCCCCCAUUCACCUCCAAAGAGGGUUACACUUUCCAAAUGGAGCUGUACCCCAGUGGAAAGGAAGGCUAUCCUGGAGAAUUGUCAGCCUAUGCUCAUCUGGUGGCCCGUGAGGGGGACCCCGAGCAGAAAUGGCCCUGCCCCUGGAAGCAGAUAACCAUGAUGCUGAUGGACCAGCACCCACACAUCCAAAAGCGCAUGUCUAACCAGCGCAGUGUAACCACUGACCCCAACAUGAAAGCAACAGACUCUGACAAUUUUUUCUGGGAUGACCCUCGCAAGGUGGGAUUUGAAGUCACAGACGCAGAUGGGUCCAAGUAUUUCCGAGGGCCAGGCGCCGGAACUGCGGUGUAUCUCACUCACCUCAGAGCCAAGAGCAGGGAUUUUAUCAAGGGAGGAGACGCCAUUUUUCUCCUCACAAUGGAGGAUGUGUCUCAUCUAACAGUGAAUCAGCCUCUGCCUUCCACAACAGUAAAGCCUGUCACCUCUUCACCCUCAUCUGACAUCUGCUUCAGUGUGCAGUGUCUGAAUGAUGGAGUCUGUGUGGUGGAUGAAGGGAAAGCUGAGUGCAGGUGUGUGGUGGGUGAUGACUGGUGGUACUACGGCAACAACUGUCAGUACAGGGGCUCCGUCAUGGAUAAAACCACCCUUGCACUCGCUUCUUCUCUGUCUGUACUGGGAGUCAUGCUGGUGAUUACGGUAGUCAGUGUCAUCUGUGUGAAGAAGAGGUAUAAGAAACGCAGUAAUGACAACAGUGUUACUAUGGCAAACAUGAGUGUCACAGACAAACUGUAG